GCAAUUCACUUCCAGGACCUGCACAAGCACCGUCGAUCGCCACAGUCUUCUGCAGGCGGCGCCUUGUUGGAGAAAAAUGGUGAAGAAGAAUGUGGCCGAUCUGAAGACGGAAGAACUGGCGGGCAAGGUGGUGUUUGUGCGCUCUGACCUCAACGUUCCUCAGAACAAGGAGACUCUGGCCAUCACGGACGACACCCGCAUCCGCGCCAGCCUGCCCACAAUCCAGAGCCUCACCAAGGCGGGCGCCCGCGUGGUGCUGACCUCCCACCUGGGCCGCCCCAAGGGCGCCGACAAGAAGACCAGCCUGGCGCCGGUGGCCAAGCGGCUGUCGGAGCUGCUGGGGCAGGAGGUGCAGCUGGCGCCGGACUGUGUGGGGGAUGAGGUGCAGAAGAUGAAGGCGGCGCUGCAGGACGGCCAGGUGCUGCUGCUGGAGAACGUAAGGUGGCACCCCGAGGAGGAGAAGAACGACGCCGCCUUUGCCAAGCAGCUGGCCGAGGGCUGCGACAUCUACGUCAACGACGCCUUUGGCACCGCGCACCGCGCCCACGCCUCCACCGCAGGCGUGGCUGCCUACCUGUCUCCCAAGGUGUCUGGCUUCCUGAUGAAGAAGGAGCUGGACUACCUGGUGGGCGCUGUGACCAGCCCCAAGAAGCCGUUUGCCGCCAUCGUGGGCGGCUCCAAGGUCUCCUCCAAGAUCGGCGUGAUCGAGGCGCUGCUGGGGCAGUGCGACAAGCUGGUGCUGGGCGGCGGCAUGAUCUUCACCUUCUACAAGGCGCAGGGGCUGAGCGUGGGGGGCAGCCUGGUGGAGGAGGACAAGCUGGAGCUGGCCAAAGAGCUCAUGGAGAAGGCCAAGGCCAAGGGCGUGGAGUUUGUGCUGCCGGUGGAUGUGGUGGUGGCGGACAAGUUUGCGGCGGACGCGGAGUCCAAGGUGGUGCCCGUGUCGGCCAUCCCCGACGGCUGGAUGGGUCUGGACGUGGGCCCCGAGAGCAACGCCCUCAUCAACAAGGCGCUGUCCGACUGCAAGACCGUGCUGUGGAACGGUCCCAUGGGCGUGUUUGAGUUCCCCAAGUUUGCUGCCGGCACCAACGCCAUCUCCACGCUGCUUGCGGAGCUCACGACGAGCAAGGGCGCCACCACCAUCAUCGGCGGCGGCGACUCUGUGGCGGCGGUGGAGCAGGCGGGCCUGGCCGACAAGAUGAGUCACAUCAGCACCGGCGGCGGCGCCAGCCUGGAGCUGCUGGAGGGCAAGGUGCUGCCCGGCGUGGCGUGCCUGGACGACGAGUGAAACGC